AUGGCCAAAACACUCACCCCAGUGAGGGCCAAGGACAAUGUCCUAUCGAGACGUGAGGUAGAAGGCAUGAUUGCUGAAGACAAGACAAUUAUCAUCGUCGACGGCAAAGUACUCAAACUAGAUGCUUGGAUCAAGUUCCACCCUGGAGGUGUCCUGGCCAUCAAGCACAUGAUAGGCAAAGAUGCUACAGAUGAAGUGAAUGCACUUCAUUCUCAGGAAGCCCGUCAGCGCAUGAGCAAGUUCCAAAUCGGCCGAAUCGAAGGCCGAUGGACCAACUUCCUACCCCCAAUCCAAGGCGGCGAAUUCCGCCCCUACAUCAAAGAGGAAGAACCAGAAGAAUCCUGCUCAGAACUCUCAAGCGAGGACAUCUCCGCGCCUCCAUCCCCAAUCUUCGAAGCCAAGGAAGAAGAAUUCGGCCUCAGACGGAGACUAUCAGUAUCAACCAUCUCCUCAGCAGUUAGCGCCAUCCCCCCAGCAGAGCCAAAGCGAGGCUACGUAGUGGACGCACGAACACAAAAAGAAAUCGACCUAGACGAAGCCAAAUACCCGCCCCUAGACGCCGCGCACCAAGAAAACAUCACGCAAAAAUACCGCCAGCUCAACGAGCGCAUCCGUGCAGCCGGUCUGUACAAUUGCAACUACUGGGCGUACGCGGUCGAAAUCAGCCGGUACACGCUCUUCUUCGGGCUAUUCGUCUUCUUCCUAAAGCAGUCGUGGUUCUGCACGUCGGCGUUCUUCCUCGGCUGUUUCUGGCACCAGCUUGUUUUCUCCGCCCACGAUGCAGGCCACAUGGGCAUCACCCACGAUUUCCAGACAGACACCGUCAUCGGCAUGGUCAUCGCUGACUACCUGGGCGGUCUGAGUCUGGGCUGGUGGAAGCGCAGCCAUAACGUUCACCAUAUAGUGACGAAUGCGCCAGAGCACGACCCGGAUAUCGAGCUGAUGCCGUUUUUCGCGCUGUCACAUCGCUUCUUCGAUGACCUGCGAAGUACGUACUACGACCGCAUCAUGGAGUACGAUGCUGUCUCGAAAGCAGUCGUCAAGUACCAGCACUACCUAUACUACCCGAUUCUGCUGUUCGGCCGCUUUAACCUGUACUUCCUGAGCUGGGAGCAUAUUAUUGUCGGUCGGGGCCCGAAGCACGGCGCUGGGUGGUGGCAUCGGUGGUUUGAGCUUGCGGGCCAGAUCUUUUUCUGGACUUGGUUCGGGUACGGCGUUGUGUGGUGCAGUAUUCCGACGUGGUUUAGUCGGGUGGCGUUUGUUCUGAUUUCACAUAUGGUGACUGCGCCGCUGCAUGUUCAGAUCACGCUGUCGCACUAUGCCAUGUCUACUGCUGAUCUAGGGCCUUUGGAGUCUUUCCCGCAGAAGAUGCUGCGGACGACAAUGGAUGUGGAUUGUCCUGAGUGGUUGGACUUUUUCCACGGCGGGUUGCAGUUCCAGGCUAUUCAUCAUUUGUACCCGCGAAUUCCUCGACACAACUUGCGCAGGACGCAGCAGUUUGUGAGGGAGUUCUGUGAGGAUGUAAAGAUUCCUUAUGCUGUCUUUACAUUCUAUGAUGGCAACAAGGAGGUUAUUAGCCGUCUUGGUGACAUUGCUAAGCAGGCUAGAAUUAUGGAGGAGUGCCGCAAGGCUUGUGCCGCGGAUCCUCAUCAUAUGCAUUGA